CGUGGAGAGAACACAGGGUAAGCUUUUGACCAUUCUCCCAUUUUUACACAAGGCAUAAUAAUACUCUUUGUAUAACCUAACAAAAAAAAACUGUAUUGCAAGACUGACAUACAAACUGGAAGGGAAAUGUCGCCAAGGAGGAUCUGAAAUAGAUGUGGUGUUUAAGCAUGAAGCAGCUUUGUCACUUAUUCGUAAGUCACCAUCUGAUUAUCAGUUUCUGAAGAAGGACGAAAUCAUCGAAUUGAUCGCAAAGAACUAUAACAAAAAAUAUGCUGCGGAGUUGAAUGUCGCAUGGAAAAAAGUGGGGGACAGUGAUUCAGACAUGCAACCAAAAGCGACAGUGCUCACCCUCUGGGACCGAUCAGCAUUCGAGAAAUGAUGUUGUCCUUCGAAGCUUGCCAUUUUGAUAUCGUGCAAACAACAAAGGCACGAAACUUCUGAAAACAUUUUGUCCUACUGUUUCCAAAUCUUCAGUCUCCGCCAUGGAACUUUUAUUAGUUUAGUAGAUACAUCGUGGAGACUUGGCAACACUCCUAACUACAUUCAUGUUUAUUCUGCAAAAACAGUCACUCUUUUGCAUAAUGGUCAUAGAUUAUAUGUUUAUGACAAUGACAACAUUUAUGUCUAUGUUUGGGACAUAACAAUUAUGGUAAUAGAAUAUAUUAAAUCUCAUUUAAAUUAUGACAGAAAUAGUAUCCCGCAGUAGAGCGCGGGCUGAAUCCUAAUACAAUAUAAUAGCCAAACCUUUUAUUUUAAACAAAAUAAUAGCCAAACUUUUUUAAAAUAAAAACAAUAACCAAAUCGUUAACUUUCCGUCCGGUCAAACGUUUGUUCACUCUAAGGUGGCACACUAAUUUCUGAGUUGGAUGGAUUCUGAUGACGUGGCAAAACAAGCAACUAUUUGACUGUGCCACAUACAUAUUUAUUAAUUUUUAUUUUGCUUUAUUUUAAUAACAAAUAAAAAAAUACAUCACACAACAACCAAGAACGAAGAUUACAUCAUCUAAUCCCUACAGGCCACAUCACCCCCUCCAUCGAAACAUCCUCCCCCAGUUUUCUCCUGUGAAUCCCAUAUCCCGUCCUGCACCAAGUCCUUGGGUCGGUUUGUUUUUGCGAAAACCCCACCGAAGUGUUAAAAAUAAGAUAAUGAGCCCAAAAACGAACAUUAGGCCGGCCCAUAAAAGUUGCCACGUCUGUGCCACGUGCCGCCAUCCGCCCUUGCGUUUCAAAACAAACGGUUAAGCUCUCUAGAACUUCUGCGCCAUCCCAGCUGUCUGUCAAUUACAUCGAAGCAAAAAAGAAAGAAACAAAAAAAUUGUUUGAACGUUGAAUGCGAAGGUAAUUUAGUCUCCGGCGGCGAUGGCGAUACGGCUCGACUGGCUGCUCGGAGUAGCGUGGGUUGCCGGAACUCUGCCGAUACUCCUCGCUUCACUGCCCUUCUCUCGACUGAACCCCAUCCACCAACUCUUGCUGGGUUUCGCUAAAAGGGGCAAAACCCUGAAGUCGUCUUCCAAGAAGUGGACGGUUCCCCAGAGAUUUUUCCUGCACUUUUACUGGUUUGGUGUGGCGUGGACUAGUUUCUUGCUGGUGAUUACUUGGAACUACGCGUCCAAGACGGCUCCGUUGGUACCCGACCCGUUGGACUACUCGUCGGCGGCGGCCCACUUGACCGGGGGCGGCUCGCGAUUGUUCUCUUGGCACAAGUCCCAUUCGGGGACCGCAAAGCACAGGUACAAGGUCUGGGUGUCGGUGUUCUUGCUGUUGCUGAUGGAGACUCAUGUGUUGAGGCGGCUUUACGAGACCAUUUAUGUCCUCAACUACAGCCCCUCGGCUCGAAUGCACAUUCUGGGCUAUCUCACUGGCCUCUUUUUCUAUGCUGCGGCUCCGCUCUCGCUCUGCCACUUUUGUGCUUUCAAGGCUCUCAACUUCGCUGUUGAUGAAGUGGUGGUGGAGCUCAAUGCUAAAACCCAACAGGACCCAUCUUUUGCUGCAAUCGGUGGCGACAACACGGAUUGGAAGGGAUUUUUGAAGCCGAUAUUGAAGCUGCGAUGGUGUCAGUGGACUGGUGCUGCCCUUUUCGCCUGGGGAUGGGUUCAUCAGCUUCGCUGCCAUAAAAUCCUGGGAUCAUUGAGAAGGAGGGACAGAGAACAAAGUGAGGAGUAUGCGAUUCCUCGUGGGGAUUGGUUUGAAUUGGUGUCAAGCCCCCACUACACUGCUGAGAUGCUAAUCUACGCAGGGCUCUUGAUUGCGAGCGGGGCUACUGACUACAUCAUGUGGUUGCUUCUUCUGUUCGUGGUGGCUAAUCUUGGAUUUGCAGCAGCAGAGACGCAGAGGUGGUACUUGCACAAGUUUGAGGCUUACCCUCGCAGUAGGCGAGCUUUUCUUCCAUUUGUAUACUAGACUGUUCCAUGAUGAUUUUUCUCUCUAGUCUCUUUUUCGUAGAUCGUACAUAUACACAGACGGGGUUUGUCCUGCCAGAUUCAGAGAUUGCGGAAGAAAAAUUCCUCUGUGUUUUUGUCAUAAAUGUGUUCAGCCUUCUCUGUGUACUGAAUGUUGCCUUUUAUACAUCUGACCAAAUUACCGCUACCGUAUCUAUACUACAAAUUAAACUACAAAUUAAACUACUCUGGUUACAUUAAAAUUUACAUUUUAAAUCUUACUUACAUUAAUACCUUCAACUCGAUGUCAAUGGGACGAGAUUGUCUAAACUAGCGAUGACAAUUUUGACCUGACCCAUUUUACCCGACCUGUUUGGUCUAUUUUGGACGGGUCCGAUCGCCCCGUAGGCAGUGCGGGCAUGGGUACUUUUAUCGGUCCGACCUGCCUAACCUGCCCCAUUCUCAACCCGUUCUUGCCUAAAGUACAUGUAAUCCUAGUCAAAUUACUUUGAAAUUUUCUUUUAUUAUACCAUAUUUUAGCUAUAAUAAAGUUGUAAAUCAGUGAAAAUCUCAAUUUCUCCAAUAAUUUAACUACAUUUAUCAUAAUAUUGUUUGUUUUCUUAGUUUUAUAAUAAAAAUAACGAAUAUUUUUAAUGUUUUCCCAUAUAAAUUGCAUACACAUUGGGUCGACCUGCCCGACUCACGACCCGUGAUAAAUUACCUGAUCUGGACCCGACCUGUCACGGGAUGGAUCUGGGUACCAAGUAACCCGCCCCGGACCUGCCCUUGCCAUUCCUAGCCUAAACCUUUUUCAUUCCUGCUUUCAAAUAUCCAAACCCGUACUUGCCCCAUACCCGUGGGUUUCGGGUACACAUGAUACUUGCUCCAUACAUCCAACAUCAUAAACAUAAGAUGUUACAUGUAAAUUUUCAAUUAUAACGCUAAAUAGACCUACUACAAGUCAAUAAAGAUACAUUCUUGAUACGGUUCAAAUUGUAUGAUCCUAAAACAUCUAUUAAUCAAUAAGAUUGAAUAUAAUAUUUUUAAAUCAUUAGUUUCUUACUCACUCUGAUACAUCUACUAAGUAAUACUUAACUAACAUAAUUAUCUUGUUAACAAGAGGGAAGAGUGAAAGAAUGAAAAGAGAACUGACGUAAAUGAAUUAGAUUUGGACUUGAGUGGCCACUCAAUUGCAUUUCUACUAUAUACUGUCUUAAGUUAUCUUCACGAUCAUUGAUAGGUUUCAAUUUUAUCCAUGUAAUUUUAUAUGUGAAGAAAUAUUUUUGAUGGGUCGGGUAUAGGUCUGGGCAUGGGGCGGGAAGGCCAAAACCAUAACCGCCCCAUACCCAUCAAACUUUUUGCGGGUUUUACCCAUAUCCGCCGCAUACCCAAUCAAUGCGGGGAUUCCCCUCAUUGACUUAGUCGGAGUCGGGGAGGCUAAAACCAUACACGCCACAUACCCAUCAAACUUUUUGCGGGUUUUACCCAUAUCAGCCGCAUACCCAAUCAAUGCGGGGAUUUCCAGCAUUGACUGGGUCGGGGGCGGUCAGGUACCUGUGGUCAUUGGUUUGAUUGCCAUUCCUAACUGGAGCAUGUAUAUCACACAUGGCCGACUUGGUAUUAAGCUCCUGAAACUUAUUUAUUGACAGGGAUUUGGUCAAUAUGUCUGUGAUUUGAUUAUUAGUGCUAAUAUGGAAGACUUUGAGCAGCUUGUUAGCUAUAUUCUCUCGAAUUAUGUGACAAUCGAUCAGGAUGUGCUUCGUUCUUUCAUGUGCAACUGGAUUUUAUGGAAUACAAAUUGCAGAAGUGUUAUCACAAUAAAAAGAGAACGAAACUUGAAACAAAACACCUUAAGUCGGUAAACAAAUAACUUAACCACUGUAAUUCACAAGACAAAUCUGCCAUAACUUUAUAUUUGGUUUAACAUGUGAUCUACUUACAAUACCUUGUUUCUUUGCUCUCCAAGAAGUAUUAGAUUGACCCAUAAACACGCAAAAACCAG